AAGCCAUGUUUCCAAGGAGGUCUGUACAAAAAACCAGACUUCUACUGGCAGUUUCUGAGAGAGAUACGCUUUCCAUCCAUGGCAGCCAUUUACUUUUGCUCUGGGAAACGUUUGUAAUAGAAAAGGCAUAACUGGGGUAUUUAUUCAUUUCCCCCCGUUCCUCUAGUGUUUGAUGGCGUUGCCGUUGCAAGUGGCAGGGCUCAAAUGAACUGGUUAUCUCAGGAUCAUGGAAAACCUGGAAUCGAGACUCAAGAAUGCCCCCUAUUUUCGUUGUGAGAAGGGAACUGAUUCCAUUCCUCUGUGCCAGAAGUGUGAGACGUGUGUCUUAGCCUGGAAGAUCUUCUCUACAAAAGAGUGGUUCUGCAGGAUCAAUGACAUAUCACAGAGGAGGUUUCUAGUUGGCAUUCUGAAGCAGUUAAAUAGCUUAUAUUUGUUACACUAUUUCCAAAAUAUCCUUCAGACCACACAGGGAAAGGAUUUCAUCUACAACAGGUCCCGGAUCGACCUCAGCAAGAAAGAGGGGAAAGUUGUGAAGUCCUCCUUGAACCAAAUGUUGGAUAAAACAGUAGAACAGAAGAUGAAAGAGAUCUUGUACUGGUUUGCGAACAGCACCCAGUGGACCAAGGCGAAUUAUACUCUCUUACUGCUGCAGAUGUGCAACCCCAAAUUACUACUCACUGCUGCCAAUGUGAUCAGAGUCCUGUUUCUGAGAGAGGAGAACAGUACCUCAGGGCUCAAUCAAGACAUCACAGAUGUGUGGUUUUCCCCCGAGAAAGACCACAGCUCCCAGUCUACAACCUCACAAGUCUAUUGGACAGCCAAAACUCAGCACACAUCCCUUCCUUUGUCCAAAGCCCCAGAAAAUGAACACUUGCUUGGGGCAGCAUCUAACCCUGAGGAACCAUGGAGGAAUUCACUCCGGUGUGUUUCCGAAAUGAAUAGGCUGUUUUCUGGAAAAGGAGACAUAACCAAGCCAGGGUACGAUCCCUGCAAUCUAUUGGUUAACCUGGAUGACAUCAGAGACCUGUCUUCUGGGUUCAGCAAAUACCGAGACUUCAUCCGUUACCUUCCCAUCCACCUCUCCAAGUACAUUCUAAGUAUGCUGGGGUGUAUGAGGGGAUUUCCCGGACACCUCCCAUCUUGGCUCAGUUCUGGGGUUUCUGGGUCCAUCUUUUUUUUUUUUCCAGGAAUGCUGGAUAGACACACCCUGAACAAGUGCGCCUCUGUGAGCCAGCACUGGGCCGCCAUGGCUCAACAGGUCAAGAUGGACUUGUCAGCGCAUGGCUUCAUUCAGAACCAGAUUACCUUCUUGCAGGGGUCCUACACAAGAAGAAUUGAUCCUAAUUAUGCCAAUAAGGUUUCUAUCCCAGUUCCUAAAAUGGUAGAUGACGGGAAGCGCAUGCGUGUGAAACAUCCGCAGUGGAAGCUGAGAACGAAGAAUGAGUACAACCUGUGGAGUGCAUACCAGAACCAGGAAACGCAGCAGGUCCUGAUGGAGGAGAGAAAUGUUUUCUGUGGGACCUACAAUGUUCGCAUUCUCUCUGACAUGUGGGAUCAAAACAGAGUCAUCCACUAUUCCGGGGGAGAUCUGAUAGCUGUGUCAUCUAAUCAAAAGAUCCAUCUUCUGGACAUCAUACAAGUAAAAGCAAUACCCGUUGAAUUCCGAGGCCAUGCUGGGAGUGUCCGGGCCCUCUUCCUGUGUGAGGAGGAAAACUUUCUCCUAAGUGGAAGCUAUGACCUAAGUAUCAGAUACUGGGAUCUGAAAAGUGGGGCUUGCAUACGAAUCUUCGGUGGUCACCAGGGGACUAUCACUUGCAUGGACUUGUGUAAGAACAGGCUUGUAUCUGGAGGAAGAGAUUGCCAGGUAAAAGUGUGGGAUGUAGACACAGGGAAGUGCCUGAAGACAUUUAGACACAAAGACCCCAUCUUGGCCACCAGGAUCAAUGAUACCUACAUUGUGAGCAGCUGUGAGCGAGGGGUGGUGAAAGUGUGGCACAUUGCCACGGCCCAGUUGGUAAAGACUCUCAAUGGCCACGAGGGAGCCGUGAAGUGCCUGUUCUUCGACCAGUGGCAUCUCCUCUCGGGAAGCACUGAUGGCCUGGUCAUGGCCUGGAGCAUGGUGGGGAAGUAUGAGCGCUGCCUGAUGGCCUUCAAGCAUCCCAAGGAGGUGCUCCACGUGUCCCUUCUCUUCCUCCGGGUCAUCAGCGCCUGUGCAGAUGGCAAGAUCCGAAUUUACAAUUUCCUCAACGGGAACUGUAUGAAGGUGAUAAAAGCCAAUGGCAGAGGUGAUCCUGUGCUGUCCUUCUUUAUUCAGGGCAACAGGAUGGUGGUCAACACAGAGAGCAAUGUUCUCAUGUUCCAGUUUGAGCACAUAAAGUGGCAGUAUGCCAUGGAAAAAACGAAACAAAAGAAGAAUAAGGAAAAAGAGGAGGAAAAAGAAGAAAACAGUCUCAUGGAAAUUCUCUCUAAGUCUAAUAUUCAGGUUCACAGCCCAGGAGAGUCUGUAUCCAGUAAACAAACUAUGAUCCAAGAGCUCCUACCAGGCAAACCUCCCAAGUCCCGAGUACUCCUGAAGCCGGCCAAGUUCUCUUCAGCAGAUAUUGUGGAGAAAGCACAAAAACAAGGACAAUUGGAAACUCCUGGAAAACUGCCCAGUCACCCAAAGAAAAAGUCUUGGAAAAUCCCUAUGUCACCUGACCAAUUCCUCCUGACUGUUAGCACCCUGCAGCAAGCCCAUAAUUCUGGGGAAUUUGCCUAUCCCUGUAGGCCCCAAACAGAAAUUACUGAUGUCUGGGGACCUUCAAUUUCAUACCCAAGGAAGGUCUUGAAUUUCAAAGGAAAAUCAAUCCAACGUGCAGUUGAUCGGUUGAGAUUGAGCAAUCCUCCUAUAGAUGUGAAACAAACCAGUAUUCCCCUUGAAAUCCAGAAACUGCAGCCCAACUUGAAGAUCUCUUUGCACAGUCCCAGAGUCCAGUCCACCAUACCCCAGCCCAUGAUCAUCCGCCCCAGGUUCUCUGGCAGCUUUAAGGGUGGAGACCAAGUGACCAGUUCAAUUGAAAGGGCUGUGUGCAGUACAGGUCCCCUGACCAGUAUGCAGGUCAUUAAACCAAACCGCAUGCUAGCUCCACAAGUGGGCACAGCCACCUUGUCUCUUAAGAAAGAACGGCCUCGCAUCUAUACAGCCCUUGAUCCUCUUAGAGUGAACACUGAGUUCGUGCUGUUGACCGUGAAGGAGGAGAAGGAGCACCAGGAAGCCAAGAUGAAGGAAUAUCAGGCCAGGGAGUCCACUGGAGUGGUUAACACAGGAAAAGCCAGCAAAGCUGCAUGGAUCAGGAAGAUCAAAGGCCUGCCUAUUGAUAAUUUCAUGAAACAAGGGAAAACAGCGGCCCCUGAACUUGGACAAAAUGUAUUUAUCUAAACCAGCCUUGGGAAAUUACAAUGUUUUACAAUAAACAGAAAGCCAAGCGGA